UGAGGAAAAAAUUGAGGAGAAAAUUAAAGAUUUUUGUAAAUCAAUCUUUUGGUUUCGCGUGCCAGCUCUUUUCAUAUUGCUAUCUGUGUAUGCAUUAUAUACCCUUUCGGGAAAUAAACCCGUCUCUUUGCAAACCAUUUCCAAUACGGAUUUUGUUGGACGAGAAUGGAUUUUUCGAGAGUUAGAGAACAUGACAAGCUCAAAAGAAAGUCGCGGUGUUCUGCUUGUGGCAGACCCAGGUUGGGGUAAAUCGACUAUCAUGAGACAGUUGAUUAACUCACCAUCCUCCAGUGCCGUCAUUCAUAACAAUAUAAUUGGUUACCAUUUUUGUAAAUUCAACGACGAUCGUACACGUGACGGAGGACGAUUUGUGCAGAACUUGGCUCGUUCAAUCGCUAGAAAAAUACCUAAAUUACAAGGAAUUGUCGUCAAUGACGACGAUUGCAAACACGUUCCACUUGAAUGUUUUCAAGACGCUAUCAUAAAGCCUCUUAAAAAACUAGAUGACACAGAAAGAAGAUUUAACUCUUAUAUUCUUAUCGACGCAUUAGAUGAGUGUUUGGAAAAGGAUAAUGGUCAUAGAUCGAUUUUAAAGACGAUUCUAUACGAAAUGACCUCUAUUACCUCCGGCUUGCCAAGUUGGGUGAAACUAAUAGUUUCCUCCCGAAAACAAGGCUUGGGUUUAAAAAACAAGUUCCCAAGUUUCCAAAAUUUUGAAUUAUUUGUAGACGAUAAUCGUAAUGAGCAGGACCUUCGUAUGUACGCAGAACAAAAGAUUCGAAAAUUUAGCGCUAAAACCAGACCACGUUGGACAAACAAAGAUUUGAUUGAACUUGUUUUGCAGUCUUCUAAAGCCACUUUUGGAGGUCCUACUUGCUGCUAACUUACCUCCAACGUUAGAUGAGAUUGAAGAUAUUUUACAUUUUUCGAAAAAAAAUUAUGAUGCUCGAAAAGUUGC